AUGAUGUCAAUCGGCACCCAUCGUCUCUCCUUUUCUAUCAGUGGCCCGCCACGCACACUCAAUGAACCAUUGGUGGUAGUCAUCCCGGGGUCAGGCGAUGUUGCCUCAUCUUACGCAGCGGUGGAACCACUCGUCGCCAAAUUUGCACGAAUCUUUCUUUAUGAUCGCUCAGGCCUUGGUAACAGCGAACGCGCCCCUAGCCACCCCCUCGCUGUCGCGUCUGCGAUAGAGCUGCACAAACUUUUAGAAGCUACGGAGCAACCACCGCCUUACGUUCUGGCCGCCCAUUCCUACGGUGGCAUCAUUGCCCGAGAGUACUAUCAUCUUUAUCCUGAUGAAGUAGCUGGGAUUGUCUUCUGUGACGCUUCCACCGAAAGACUGAUUGAAUACGUCCAAAUCCCAGACCCGAACCUUAUUGCGGUCCUAGGGAAUUUGAAGGUAGCCCUCGUGACAGGGUUACGGGCCGAUGCAAAGAUAUCACAAGAUCAGUGGCGGCAAAGGGCCAAGGAAAUCGCUCAGGGUAGUGAGACUGCCAUGGCCGAGGCAAAUGGUGAUGCCGUCGGUGAGAUUUGUCGCACACUUGCGGAAAAGAAGCAAUUCGAGAGGCAGGCCAUGGGUAGUAAACCUUUGAGCAUUAUCUGUUGUAACGGUGCUCUGGACCAAGAGAGAAUAUAUGCCGCGGGGGUCGAAGCUGGCAAUGGCACAGAGGCCCAGCAGAGGGCAUUCAGACAGACCCUGGAUCGGUUUGGGCCAGCUGCGCGGGGUCUUGCCUUUGACCACAUGAAGUUGUCGUCGAAGACGCGCUUCGUUUAUCUUCAUGAUUGUGGGCAUAAUGUUCAACUCAUAAGACCUGAUGUUGUGGCAGAUGAGAUUAAGUGGGUUAUGGACCAGAUUAGAGGGACUAGCAGUAUGUAG